AUGGACGUGGCAAAACAACAGCAAAUGCAACUGCUUGUUGGGAAACAGUUUGAUAAGGAACCUUACGGAGAAAUGCUGAUUGAAGCCUCGAACCUGGCGAGUCCAAAGACUGGUAUUGAUCACAGGAUAAAAGGGAAGGAACUGCCCCACAGUCAGUUAAAACCGCCUGCUGAAGCUUCAGCCAUGGAGAAGCCCGAGGAAACACGCCCCGUUGAGAAACCAUGGAAGUGUGGUGACUGCGGGAAGGGCUUCCGUGUCCCACCUGUCCUAGCGGCUCAUCAGUGCAAUCACACUGGGAAGAGGCCGUUCUCCUGCCCCGAGCAGCGAGUCCACACGGGGGAGAGGCCAUUCAGCUGCCCCGAAUGCGGGAAGGCCUUCAGUGACUCCUCCAACCUGCUGAGACACCGGCGGGUCCACACGGGGGAGAGGCCAUUCAGCUGCCCAGAGUGUGGGAAGGCCUUCAGCAAUUCCUCCAACCUUCUGGCCCAUCAGCAGGUCCACACGGGGGAGAGGCCCUUCAGCUGCCCAGAGUGCGGGAAGGCCUUCAGUAAAUCCUCCAACCUGCUGACCCACCAGCGGGUUCACACGGGUGAGAGGCCCUUCAGCUGCCCAGAGUGCGGGAAGGCCUUCAGCAAUUCCUCCGACCUGCUGAGACAUCGGCGAAUCCACACGGGGGAGAGGCCUUUCGUCUGCCCAGAGUGUGGUAAGGCCUUCAGCAAUUCCUCUGACCUGUUGUCCCACCGGCGGGUCCACACCAGGGAAAGGCCAUUCAGUUGCCCCGAGUGCGGGAAGGGGUUCACCCGCUCCUCCAAACUGCUGGCCCACCAAUGGGUCCACACCGGGGAGAGGCCGUUUGCCUGCCCCGACUGCGGGCGGAGGUUCACAUUGUCCUGCAACUUGCGGAGGCACCAGCAGGGGCACAAGUGCAUCCAACAAUCAGAUUCCACCAGUGAUGCUGCAGUGGGUCACCCCCAGAGCUGAACCUCCUGCCCAUUCUGACAGUGGGUGCAGUGGGCUUUU